AUGUCUUCACCUUCUUUUUCAGACAACGAAGAGUCUAAUGUCACGCCAUCAACAGCAUCAACAUCAUCAACUACAAGUCGCAAGAAGAGAAAAGCUAAUGCUAAAGUUGUGCAUAGUAAUAAAAGCCAUACCAGUUUUUUUUUUAGUAUAGAUAAAGACAAUGCUGAACUUGCACACUGUAAAAUAUAUAUGUGUAACUUUGCUGGCUCUUGGCAAACUCCCUAUCCAUAUACUCGUAAAGGUAGUAACACAUCGAAUAUGAUUGCCCAUUUACGUGACAAGCACAAUAUAACCAAAGAUAACUAUACUGAUCACUUGGAUGAACACAACGAAGUAUAUACAAUAUUUUGA